AUGUUUAUUCGAUACGUUGUCCCUGUGAAAGUGCAUAUUCUCGCUGUUGUGGAUAAGACCUCAGGAAUAUUAGGGGCAGAACGAGUCCUCUAUCCUAAUUACAAUCGAUCCGGAUCUUCUACAACUUCCCUGUGCGUCAAAAUUUUUUAGCGAACUGCAAAACUGGGAGAAGAAUCCAUAUGCCAUGUUGUCUAAAGAUUUGAGUAUUUGGGUCUUUCUUAUGCUUUGAUACAAGUGACGGUUUCAAAAGUGAAAGAAGAGUUCAUAGACUCGAGUUGUGAGAUUUGAGGACUUGAGUUGGUCUCUGUUAGAUUAGAUUCUUCUUCUCGUGGCAGUGAUUCUGGUUGUGAGCCAAAAGGUUAUUUUUGUUCUGUUGGGGGAAUCAAAAACAGAAAUAGGUGUGAGAUCAGUAUUCGAUUCAUUUGGCAUCUUCAAAAUCAAAGACCAAGAUUUUUCUUGAUGUAUCCAUGAUCUUAAGCUGGCAGAAUUAUUUCCCAUAUCUCUAUUGACGUUAGAUUUCGGACCUUCCCCUUUCCGAGUUUCUGUUGACGAUAAUUUAUUAACGUUUGCUUGUAACUUGACCAGAUUUCGCAUCACUGAUAUUGCUUCCCGUUUUAUGAGUCAAGAUCAUUUCAGUGGAUUGAUGUUGGCACAAGUUUUAUAGGAAUUGAGAUGUAAGAAUCUCGGUGAGGAGGAGACUGAAUGUUGCCGGAUGAUGGAGGAUUAUCAUAAGGCUAAUCGAAAUGGAGCAGUUGAUAAUGGACACAUUGCUGCUAGACACUCAUAUCAACCCUCCAUGAAGGGCUCAUUACCUUGGCUUGACAUAAGAGUAUUCUAUGUAAGAGUUUGCAAAUGUGAGCUUGAUGAUACUACUCCUGAUGUUCUUACACUGAAUCACAUUCCUUUGAAUCCCGAUACCCUUCUAGAAGUUAACGGUCUCCGAACUAGUAUAUACUCCGACGGGGUUUCAACACUUCUCAAAAGAGACAGAGUGGAUAGAAAAUCAGAAGAAGUGACAUUUGUGAGCACUGAUAGCAUAAGGACGAGUGGUGGUGUGAAGUAUGAGGUGUUUGAUAAUGAAGUCCUUCUGCUUUCUGGGGUUUUAGAGCUACGUAAAGGCAGCAAGGGUCUUGAAGGCGAUUCAAGUUUGGAUGGAAGAAGGUGGACCAUGAACUGUGAAUCAGAUUUAAGUCCAGGCACUAGCUUCUUCAGGGGGAAACAAUUCAUGUUACCUGAUUCAGCUUCACCAACUAUUGAGGUCUACAUUGCAGGGUCCUUCUCUGGGACUCCAAUUAUAUUAACAAAGACACUAAUGCUCAGUUCUCAGAAGAAAAUCAUGAGGAAGGGAGUGUUGGAUGCAAUUCCUGAGCAUGAAGCUGAUGAGAACCAGAAACAUGUUUCUUCAAAUCUUGCUUUGCAAUUGCAGGGCCCAGAUUAUUUAGAGCAGAAACCAGAAGAUGAGGAAUACAAUGUCCUAUACACAAGAACAGGGUAUCAAGAGGAGUUAGAAGAUGGGGAACUUUCAUGGUUCAAUGCUGGUGUGAGGGUUGGUGUGGGUAUUGGCCUCAGUGUGUGCCUCGGGAUUGGUAUUGGCGUUGGACUGCUCAUUAAAACUUACCAAGGAACCACUCGCCACUUCAGAAGACGCCUCUUGUAAAUUACUCUCUCCUUUUUGGCACUCUCCCUCCUUUCAUCUAAAGGAAACACAAGAAUGGUUUGCUCAACUGAGUUCUUUUUUUUUUUUUUUUUUUUGCUUUUUACAGAAUAAUUGUUUUGUUUCUUGUUUUGCUUGCAUCAGACAUAGUGUAAGUUCAAUUCCAUCUCCGUGUAGGUGAUAUGUUCUUGAUACACGCUUCUCCUGCAUUUAACCUGUGGGUAACGUUUGUUGUGGAUGUCUUAAAUUUUUGAGUGCUCGAAGUUGAAGGCCUGUUCAUAGGAACUUUAUGAUAUGCAUGGAAGAUAUUGGACGCUUGAUAUGAUUUUUGAAUUUUGAUGCUUUAUAUGAUGAAGUAUUCGGUGAAUUGAUUCA